CUGCAGGGGGGCGGCGCUGUGUUCUAAGCGGGCAUUAAACAGAAGAAGAAGAAACAGUUCCUGCGUGUUUCCGGUUUGGGUUGGAUGACGCUCCUCUGAGAGUUUCAGCUGCUGUUUGAUUAAAGUCACCGAGAGGCGGGAGUGCUACGCCGCCUGCUGCGUCUUUCACCUGUCAGCUGACCUGCUGACUCACUGAGCGUGCUCAGUAGGGGGGUUCCCCUCCACACAGUUUCUGUUGUAACACACAGGUCAGACCGUCGUCAUGGUGUUAGCCGACCUGGGGAGGAAGAUCACCUCGGCGCUGAGGUCCCUCAGCAACGCCACCAUCAUCAAUGAAGAGGUGUUAAACGCCAUGUUGAAGGAGGUGUGUGCUGCUCUGCUGGAGGCCGACGUCAACAUCAAACUCGUCAAACAGCUGAGAGAGAACGUCAAGUCUGCCAUAGAUCUGGAGGAGAUGGCCUCAGGUCUGAACAAGAGGAGGAUGAUCCAACACGCCGUCUUCAAGGAGCUCGUCAAGCUGGUCGACCCUGGGGUGAAAGCCUGGACUCCCACUAAAGGGAAGAACAAUGUCAUCAUGUUCGUUGGUCUGCAGGGCAGUGGGAAGACUACAACCUGCUCCAAGCUGGCGUAUUAUUACCAGAGGAAAGGCUGGAAGACCUGUCUGAUCUGUGCCGACACUUUCAGAGCUGGUGCCUUCGAUCAGCUGAAACAAAACGCCACCAAAGCCAGAAUCCCCUUCUACGGCAGUUACACAGAGAUGGACCCGGUGGUGAUCGCCUCUGAGGGCGUAGAGAAGUUCAAAGGUGAAAACUUUGAGAUCAUCAUUGUGGACACGAGUGGACGACACAAACAGGAAGACUCGCUGUUCGAGGAAAUGUUACAAGUCUCCAAUGCUGUGCAACCAGACAACAUUGUGUAUGUGAUGGAUGCGUCGAUCGGUCAGGCCUGCGAGUCUCAGGCUAAAGCCUUUAAAGACAAAGUGGACGUGGCGUCAGUGAUCGUCACCAAACUGGACGGACACGCCAAAGGAGGAGGAGCUCUAAGCGCCGUGGCAGCCACCAGGAGUCCCAUCAUCUUCAUCGGGACCGGAGAACACAUCGAUGACUUCGAGCCAUUUAAGACUCAGCCGUUCAUCAGCAAACUGCUCGGAAUGGGCGACAUCGAAGGAUUGAUCGACAGAGUGAACGAGCUGAAACUGGAUGAUAAUGAGGAGCUGAUCGACAAACUCAAACACGGUCAGUUCACUCUCAGAGACAUGUACGAGCAGUUUCAGAACAUCAUGAAGAUGGGACCCUUCGGACAGAUCAUGGGGAUGAUUCCCGGCUUCGGUACAGAUUUUAUGAGUAAAGGAAAUGAACAGGAAUCAAUGUCCAGACUGAAGAAACUGAUGACCAUCAUGGACAGCAUGAACGACCAGGAACUGGACAGUAAAGACGGGGCGAAGCUGUUCAGUAAGCAGCCCAACAGGAUCCAGAGAGUGGCUCGGGGGUCAGGAGUCGCCACCAGAGACGUCCAGGAGCUGCUGACCCAGUACACCAAGUUCGCCCAGAUGGUGAAGAAGAUGGGGGGCAUCAAGGGACUGUUCAAAGGAGGAGACAUGUCCAAGAACGUGAACCCGUCUCAGAUGGCCAAACUGAACCAGCAGAUGGCCAAGAUGAUGGACCCCCGAGUCCUGCACCACAUGGGUGGAAUGGCAGGUCUUCAGUCCAUGAUGCGUCAGUUUCAGCAGGGAGCUGCCGGGAACAUGAAAGGCAUGAUGGGAUUCAACAACAUGUGACCGAUGACCAAUCAGCUGCCUUAAAACAUUUUAAAAAGUUAAUGCUCCACCUCCUGACAGGUACAGGUGGAGGGGGCGGGGCUUAGAGAGAGAGCGAGCAGGAAGUGUAGAACAACAAAAUAAAAGGAGGAUGUUUUUGGCUCAGUCCUCGACUGAUCUCUGCUUUUAGACAAAUAAUAAUUUAAAGGAAGAAAAGGUUCAGACUGAUCCUCAGACCUCUGUGGUCCUCAGACUUCUGUAGACCUCAGACCUCUGAUCCUCAGACCUCUGUGGUCCUCAGACCUCUGAUCCUCAGACCUCUGUGGUCCUCAGACCUCUGUAGACCUCAGACCUCUGAUCCUCAGACCUCUGUGGUCCUCAGACCUCUGUAGACCUCAGACCUCUGAUCCUCAGACCUCUGCAGACCUCAGACCUCUGAUCCUCAGACCUCUGUAGACCUCAUACCUCUGGUCCUCUGUCUGAACCGAUGAGGAGCAGGUUGUUUGUUUCUGGGUUUUGUUAAUUUAAUUCUCUUUCAGAAGUUUAUGUGUCAGAUUUAAACAGAGCAGAGUCUGUCCUGAUUGGAUGAGCUGAUGCCACAUGAUGAUGAUGAUCACAUUAGUUAGUGACAGUAUUUUUGUCAUAUAAUAAACAUUUGUAUUUCACCAUUUUAAA